CCUCUGAGCCGGUCCUCUUAUUCCGGGUUGUAACUAAAUACUGUUGCUGAGCACAGCCGAGGCCCUUUGUUGGAGAUGUGUGAGCGCAGUCUCUACAGAGCUGGCUAUGUGGGCUCGCUUCUGAAUUUACAGUCACCGGACUCUUUCUACUUUUCUAACCUGCGGCCCAAUGGCAGCCAGUUGGCCGCACUUCCCCCCAUCUCAUACCCUCGUAGCGCUCUGCCCUGGGCCGCUACGCCCGCCUCGUGCACCCCUGCGCAGCCUACCACCGCCUCUGCCUUUGGGGGCUUCUCUCAGCCUUACUUGACCGGCUCUGGGCCCAUUGGCCUGCAGUCUCCAGGCGCCAAGGACGGACCCGAAGACCAGGUCAAGUUCUAUACGCCUGAUGCGGCCACUGCAUCUGAGGAACGCAGCCGGACUAGGCCGCCCUUCGCCCCCGAGUCUAGCCUGGUUCACUCGGCUCUCAAAAGCACCAAGUACGACUUCGCGGGUGUGGGCCGAGCCGCUCCAGGCUCUGUGACCCUGCUCCAGGGGGCCCCCUGCGCCUCCAACUUCAAGGAAGACACCAAAGGCCCGCUCAACUUGAACAUGGCAGUGCAAGUGGCCGGGGUGGCCUCGUGCCUGCGAUCUUCGCUGCCCGACGGCCUGCCAUGGGGGGCGGCCCCGGGGAGGGCCCGCAAGAAGAGGAAACCGUACACAAAGCAACAGAUUGCGGAGCUGGAGAAUGAAUUCCUGGUCAAUGAAUUCAUCAACCGGCAGAAGCGGAAGGAAUUGUCCAACAGGCUGAACCUCAGCGACCAGCAGGUCAAAAUCUGGUUCCAGAACCGGCGUAUGAAGAAGAAGCGUGUGGUGCAGCGCGAGCAAGCACUGGCGCUCUACUAGCUGCCCACGGGGCCCGAGGCCUUGCCAAGCCUGCCCUUUUGGACCGAGGCCUGGCUGUGGAGGAGGUGUUGGGGCUGGAGAUU